AAAAACGGAGCUCAGGAGCCCGUUAUCGCUGGCAGAGUGCUCAAGCCACCACAGGCACCAAUAUGAGUGAUGUUGAGCUGGCCACACCCACCCUGGCCAUGCCCUCCCCCCCCAAGAUCAAACACAACCCUGAUGCGGCCCUCAAUGAAAUCGAGUUUGACAUCCCCGUACUAGACAAAGAACAGACAGUGAUAAAAGGAACAAAGGGUAAAUACUUAACUCUGAAUAUACUUUCUACUUCCCCCUUGUAUUUAGAAGGAUACAAGAUACUGAAGUAUCAAUGUCAUUGGCUCAAUGCCUCAUCAUAUCCAAGAUUUCCCAAGAUUAUACAAUUCAGUUUCCAUAAAUCUCAGAUAGUAGCUAGUUUAAGUUCACAACAAGGCACAGAACAUUCUAAAUUCAUAUGUAAUUGAGGGAGAUGUGUGACAAAUGCUAAUUACUGAGCUUUUCAGCUUAGUCUGCCAUACAAAUAUGGCACAAGAGUCCAGAUACACCAGAUGAAAGUAUGGUUGAACAGAAAAAAGGGCAAUUGCAAGCAGAAAGCAAUCUAAAGGUCAAGUGUCAGUGAAUUAUACAAGCAAUGAGGAAGGGGGAAAAAAAGUCCUAUACAUCCCCAACUACAGGCUUUAUAUCAGAGAUUCUAAACAACCACAGUAAUGUUAGGCAAUACUCAUUUAGGUAAAGCAUGGGUCCUGUUCUAUCUAAAAGUAAGUUCUUCUAUUAUCUUUUAUCAAGGAAAUGGCUUCAUAAUGAAAUAUGAGCCACAAUUAAAAGUUUCAGACGAAGUAUAUCCAACCUACAACUAAUAUUAGUAGUUUUUCUUUACUUUUUUAAGAGGACAUUUCUUAACAUUUUAAAUGAUCCAUUUCUGCAGAGAACAGCAGGCUCCAUUUUUGAUGACAGGAACAAUUUAAUCAUUAGAGGUUGAGAUCUUCCCCCUGUAAUUGUAAUCCUGACCCAGUUUACCAUUUAAAUAAUGGGUUGCUAUUGACAAAUGCCGUAGUGAGUUACAGAGGGGAAUGCACAUUUCUAUGCUUAAAAUGCACACUAUGUAUUUGCCUUUGCAAAUUUUAUACUGUGUCCCGUCCCCCCUGCCCCCCCCAUCCAUCUGCACAUGUUUUCUGAAAUUCUUGUGUUGCUGGCUAAUUUAGAAUUUGCAGGAUGGAUACCAAGGCUGAAGAACAUUAAAGGAAGUGCCAGGAUCGAAACAAACAGCUUCAUGGUUAUUGAAAUUGUCCCAACCCACUUACAGUACCAGCACAGUACCAGUCUCCCACAAUGAGCCCAAGUGGUAGGCCUCAAAAUUUGACUGAUGAAGGGGUUGAUUUCACUGGGCAAGUUUUAUAAUCCUGCAACCUCUUUCUCCCCCUCUAAACCUUGUUUAAUUUAGACAUCAAAAAGAGAAGGUUAUAUAUUAAUGAGAAUUAAGUAUCUAGUAGGCACUGGACACUUGGUACAAUAAAAGAGGGGACAACAGUUACAGGAUCUGGGACUGGAACAAAAAAAAUGUUAUUUCACAACUUGAGAGAAUAAAUAGGAAGAAUUAGUUUGAUUAAGCAGCCUCAAAAUGCAGGUUAAUCACAAGAUACCAAACCUACAUCUAUAAGGAUGGGGUUCUAACUGUAAAAUUAGAAUCAGCUAUAUGGAAACUGAUGAAUACUGAAGAACUUGAGUUGAAUGGCAGCAGCCUUACUAUUUGCCUAACCUCACAAGGGCUUCUUAGCUGGGCCUACUGCAGGAAUAAUUAGAUGCAAGGGGAUUGGGUAUGCAUGUAUUAAGUUAUAUGAAUGUCAAAAUUCUUUUAUUCUUAAAACAGGCACAGAGAUAUACAAACACCAGGCAGAAAGGGGAUUAACAUUAAUACAUCUUUACAGUUGAAGAUCAGAGAAAGAAGCCUCACUUAUACAUUUGGCAUCUUCCUCUUUUUAGUGAUAUUCUGACUGUGGUGAAAUUAAUUGUUCAGCAACCACAAUCAGUUAACAAGCUCUACAGAAAGAUCUGGGAAAGUCAACGUUACUAGUAAUGGGAACAGAGCAGCUCAAAGAAUCCGCCCAUCCCCAGAUGUCCUUCCCGCCACUCCUAUUUUUGACACCUAACCCUUUUGAAAUCAGAAUUAGAACCUCAUCUAAGGCGGUUGCGAUACAUGAAUUGUAGUCUUUUUUCUCUUUCAAGGAAGAUUUUACUGAGCAUUAUGCCUCUUUUCUCCAGCUGCUUUCCAAUACCAAUAUACAAUUUUGACUGCCUAAGCAAGGGCAAGUUUAGAAGUAUCUUUCCUUUUCUUUGUUGAUGGCUGGGAGAAUAUUCAUUGGUGAUACAAAACUGAAUUGUAUUUGCACAAUGUGUGCCAAGUGGGAAUUGUGAAUGUUUGUUCAUUACAAAAUAAUUGCCUCUCUGCAGGUAAAAUGGAUAAAAUUGGAUUGCUCAGAGUAUGAAAAUAGAAUGCCUCUUUACUUUUCAGAGAGCUGACAGUGCCUCAAUAUACAUUACUAAGAUCCUUUUUCUCUCUUACCUUUUCUCCCCCCCUCCCCCCUUCCCCAUCUUUAUCUGUUUCUCUUGGAGUCUCUCUGAUGCCAGCAGAGGAAUGAAGAACUUCUCCAGGCUGAUGAGAAAUGGCAUUGCAAAGCUGGAGGAAAUAUUCCUCCCACUGACUGAAGUAGGAUGCACGCUAAGGCUUUGACUACUGGUGAAAGAUUGAAGGCUAGAGAAAACCUGCCCAUUUGGCAGAGAAAGAUGAGCUGGAUAAUCUUCACGCCUUCCAAAGGGAAUUUAGUUUCUAUGCUGAGUUUAAUUGCUGUGGCAUGCUGGCAGAUUUUCUCCUCCUGAUGCACUACUGCAUGAUAUAUUUAUGAGGGAAGAACUUCCCAGCUCCUGCUGGAGAAGCAUCUCAGUUCCACUAGAAGAUUAGACCCACCUAUUUUGGAUGUAUUAUGCUAUGGAUUCUGCAAUUGCCACUUUAAAGGUUACGCUGAGAAGAACGUUUGAGAAACUGGCAAACAAGAUGGUAAUUCCUAAUGGAAAUGAAGAAGAAAAAGGAAAUCAAGAGAAGGAGAGCAAGGAGGAAUCCAUUCUUGCCCUGCUGGGGAUUAUUGGAACAAUUCUAAACCUUAUUGUAAUCAUUUUUGUGUACAUCUAUACAACAUUGUGAGUUGCUGAGGCAAACUGCUGAUGACAUCUGAGAAGAGACCUUGGCAAACCACUUAAUGAGAACUGACUCUUUAGUAUAUGAAAUAGUAGCAAAAGGAUUGCUUGCAGAGUGGAGGCUGAAGCAUAUUAACUGAGCCAGAUUUUUGCUCCCUAUAGUUACAAGGAAACUUUCUUUUUUCUCUUUCUCUACUUUCAUUCAUUCUAGAGAAAUGUCUGCAAAUAUGUAAAUAUCUGAUUUGGAAAACAGCAUUUCAAUUCAGCCAAAGACUGGACACUAUCGUAAUAGUGACAAAUGUAUAGCAUUUCUAUGCCAAAAUGUGUACCACAGACAGCUAGAUAGCUUUCUUUCAGGUUUCAUUAAGUGAUAUCAUCUCUUUGGGGUUCUAGUUAGGUUGUGGCAAGUGGGCUUGUAUGGUGUAAUCACAAAUGAGAAACAGGGAAGGAAAGAUGGAUUCUGCUGAGUUACCUGAGCAAACAAAAGAUAAAACUUUGAACAAAGUAAGUAGCAUCACUUCUUUUUCAUUUUCUCUUAUUAUCUUGACAUCGGUAUCCAUUCAUACCAAUGUUUAUACAUAUAUAUUUUUAAUAAAUGUGCUAUAUUUUUAGCAUGAAGUAAACUCGUUGGCCAUGCUUACAUUAUUUGAUCAACCUAAAUCUAUCCCAUGAAAUAACUGCCAUCCCUUCCACCACACAUUUUUCAAAACUGCAUGUGUAAUGUCCUUUAUCUAAUAUUAAUGGAAGUCAAGGAGCGCAGUGAAAAGUUAACUUCAUAUUAAUAGCACUCAAUUGAGUAGCCAUGAAGGCCUUGCAAAAGAUAUCCAGAUAUCAUGGUGGGUCUAUACCUACAAAGAUCAGAACUGUGAAAGCAAAGAUGUUCCCUGUGGCAUUCUAUGGAAGCAGAAGUUGGACUUUGGAGAAGCAGGAUGAAAAGCAUAUUGACAUUUUUGAACUUUGGCGUAGGAGAGGAGUCCUGACAAUACCAUGGAUUUUGUACUAACCUAUUUAUGUUUUUAUGUAUGUUUUUAGUUUAUAUGGGUUUUUUUAUUAUUUUUCAUGAUUGUAAGCCAUCCAGAGUUACCUUAAGGUAAAAUGGGUGCUCUAUAAAUUUUAUAAAUAAAUAAAUGAAAUGGUAGCCAAAGAAGCAAAUGGAUCAUAGAACAAAUCAGAAUUCUCACUUGAGGCAAAUGGCCACAUUCAAAUGAUCAUAUUUUGGACCUGUUAUGCAAAGCCCUAGUUCCCUUCAAAUGGUCAGUUGAGUAUUGAGAGAUUGUUGAAGUUUAGUUCCCAUCAACCUUCACCAGCAUAACCAAUGGUGAGAAAUUAGGAAGGCAUUUUGUCCAAACCUUUCAGUGGUUUUUAUCUCCGAAUCUUUUUUUCAAUGCUAUUGUUUCCAAAUGAUAAUAGCUUUUCAGAGACUGAAAAGGAUAAAUUUCCUAUCCUUUGCUAUCUAAGUCUGUAAAAUAGAACUUUUUGUUUGUCACAGUCAGUUUUAGACAGAUUAAACCUAUAGAACUAGACAUUUGAAAUAGCAAAUUUAGAUUACUGAGUUCUAACCGAUGAUGUCCACACAGUAGGGAAAUCAGAUAGGAAAUAUGUUAAAUAUGGAAUUGUGCUCCAAGCAGAGGUGGUAUUCAGCAGGUUCUGACCAGUUCUGGAGAACCAGUAGCGGAAAUUUUGAGUAGUUCGGAGAACCAGUAAAUACCACCUCUGACUGGCCCCUCCCUCAUCUAUUCUCUGCCUCCUGAGUCCCAGCUGAUCGGAAGGAAAUGGGGAUUUUGCAGUAACCUUCCCCGGAGUGGGGAGGGAAUGGAGAUUUUACAGUAUCCUUCCCCUGCCACGCUCACCAAGCCACUCCCGCCAUGCCAUGCCCACCAAGCCACACCCAGAGAACCGGUAGUAAAAAAUUUUGAAUCCCACCACUGGCUCCAAGCCUUGCUGCUUUUCUGGAUGCUGAAAACCUGCUCAUUCCAAAGGGGUUGGGUUUGGAUCUGAACACCAUGUCCUUCCCCUUGCCUAUUUUGACCUCAUCUUGAAAACACUAUUGGUUCCAUCACCUUGCUUAUUCAAGCAUCCCAGCAGAUGGGUCUCUGUCCAUUGCUUGAACAAAUUUAAUGAGCAAGAAAACACCAUGUUCCUUAUUUAAUAGGCUCCACUGUCAAACAUAAUAUUAAAAAGUUUGAAUCUGCCUUCCUAACUGAAAUCUAUUAUCCAUCCUCUGCACUCAAAAAUAGAGGACAUGGUUUCCCUUUCAUCUGUGGGGCAUCAUUUGAGCCUUUGAAAGAGGGCCAUCAUGUACUCCUCAGGUUUACCUUCUCGGGGUUAAGUAUAUCUAGCUCCUUCAAUGUCUCUUCAUAAUAGUUUAUAGUCCCCUGAUUAUUCUCACUACGGUUUACUGAACUUGUUCCAGUUUCUCUGAAUCAUUCUGCAAAUGUGAUGCCUAGAAUAGGAUGCAAUAGUUUGAGGCUGACCAAUGCAGAAUGCAGUGAAAUGAUUACUUCCUUUGAUCGUGAAUCUAUAUUUUUGUUGAUACUACCUAAAUUACAUUUGCUCUUUUUGCAACUACAUAAGAGUUCUGAUUCAUAUUUAUAUGCUGUCGAUUUCUAUCUUUUUCAGAAGCACUAUUGCUAAACCAAGUAUCCUCCACAUUAUUCCUGUUCAUUUAAUUGUUUUUUUUCCUAAGGGAUGAACUUUGAAUUUGUGUCUAUUAAAUUUCAUCCUGUUAUAUUCAGAAUAUAACUUCACUCCAUCAAGAUCAUUUUGAAUUCAGUAUAUAUCAUAAUCAGUUUUGUGUUAUCUGCAAAUCUGAUAAGCAUUUCCUUCAUCACUCCAUCCAAGUCUUUAAUAAAAACACUGAAGAGUCAAA